UCUGCUUUCAGUUUUGGGGUAUAAAUUCUGAUCACAACUAGCAGCAACAGAAAUACCACAGACAUCACCAUGAACACUUGUCCUAACUUUUGAUUUUGUAAUGAAAGUAGCAGCAUUGGCGGCAAAGUACAGUGCUUAGCAUUACCACCUCACAGCUCUGGUCUCCCCACAUGCCCUGUCAUGGACUGAAGUCUCAUCCAAGGGACUUCUGAAAAUUCAUAGAAAACAACUACUGUAACUUAUUGUUGACACAGAUGAUGCAGAUAAAAUAAAAUCUGUGAUUUGGGAUCAGCACAGAUGGAGUCAAAGCAGCAAAAAGACAGUGUUGAUGAAAACGAACAAAGGUUGUUUGCCUCUUUACAAGAAAUGAAGUCCAAAUGCUUUCUUGUGGUCAACACUCCAGGAAAUACGAGUGAGAAAAUAAAGUCAUCAAUUAAAGCAGCAGUUGAUACUCUGCAACUGGAAAGAGAUCACGUCAUUCUGAAAAGCAAAACCAUGAAUUUUGCUACAUUUUCAAAGAUGAUCAGUUCUUCCAUUACAAAAGUGCUGGGUGAACAUCACAGGGCAUGUGAAAUCGAGGCUAUGAAGACAGUUGCUCAGAACUUAGGCCUUAGAAUUGAUGAAAAUGAUAGCACAGCCUGUGUGUCAGCAAACAAAACAGCAGAGGAAAUCAUGAAAUGCAUUGGAGUUCGUCACAUAGUGGAAUAUAAAAAGUCACAUCUGCCACUGCAAGGUGAAAACUGGAAAAGACUGGCUCAGAUAGAAAAAGAGCAAUGCCGAUUACAACAUUCAGGGGUGUUGAGUUUGGAGGAGUAUAAGGCCCAACUUCAAAAUGAAAAAGAAGAAAUUCGAGAAAAACAAAGCAACCAUAAGAUUACAAAAACAAUGGACAUCUUAAUGAAGGCAUUGUCAACCUCAGAUGAUAUCGAGCGAGCCUUUUUUCUCAGAUGGCUGGGACUAAAGCUGGACAUGCGAUCACGCAAACACAUGACAGACCUUCGGCACAAAUACAGAGAGUGUGAACAAAAGAAAGACAGAGAUGCUGUAGCCCAAUUAGACCAGGAGCUGAUUGACGCUUCUCUUGGCAUCGAGCAUUACCUGAGAGAGCUGGGACAAAUCUAUGAGGCUGCUUCAUUUGUUUCACACAAAAUAACUGAUAAAAUAAGCAAUCUUCCUACUCUGGCUGCCAAACUGCUUCUGGCUGGAUUUCCUCUUGAAAUACUUGAUGGAGAUGCAUCAAAUGUCCCAGAGAAAUGGGUAUGUGAUGUUCUCAUGGAGCUUCAUAAGAUGGUUAAGGAAAGGAGCCGUUUGCUGGUUAUAACUGUGUUAGGGGUUCAGAGUUCUGGUAAAUCAACACUGCUCAACACCAUGUUUGGAGUCCAGUUUGCAGUAGGUAGUGGAAGAUGCACACGUGGAGCAUACAUGAUUCUCCUACCUGUGGGUGAAGACUUGAAGGAAGAGUUACUUUGUGACUUUGUCCUUCUGAUUGAUACAGAUGGUUUGAAAUCACCAGCACUGGCACAAUUGGAAGACAGUUAUGAUCAUGACAAUGAAUUAGCUACCUUUGUGAUUGGUCUUAGCGACGUAACCAUCAUAAAUGUGGCAAUGGAAAAUUCCACAGAGAUGAAGGAUGUCUUACAGAUAGCAGUUCAUGCUUUUUUACGGAUGAAGGAAAUUGGUAAAAAAACAGUCUGCCACUUUGUUCAUCAAAAUGUUGCUGGUGUAUCAGCACAUGAGAAAAACAUGACAGACAGACAAAAGCUUCUGGACCAGUUAAAUGAGAUGACACUGAUUGCAGCUGAGAUGGAAAAGAAGCCUCAUGUGAAGAACUUCACUGAACUGAACUUCACACCACCAAUGGCACCAGUUAAUACAGGCUACAGUGCUGCUGUUCUUGAUUUUAAGAAAAAACUCUUGGAGAUGCUUAAAGCAAGAAAAGGUGAACAACUCCUCCAGAUCCCAGAGUUCCUGCAGUGGAUCAGAAGCUUAUGGAAGGCAGUGAAGUUUGAGAACUUCAUCUUCAGUUUCAGAAACACUCUUGUGGCCCAUGCCUAUGACAAUCUUUGCAAAGAGUUUUCAGACUGGGAAUGGUCUUUCAGAAAAAAUAUCUUGUCUUUGAUUUCUAAAGCAGAGGUUCAACUGUCUAACACUGAAACAAGCAGUAUUCAUGGGGUUGUUGAUGCACUUAACAAAAAAACCGUAAAAGAGCACAUGAUUCAAUCAGAAGAAAUGACAAAGAAAUUGAAAGACUACUACAAAACGAAAGACCGUAGUGUGCAUUUGGUGGAAAAAUACAAAACUGAUUUUAUCAAAAGCAUUAAAUCUCUGGAGACUGAAAUGAAGAAUGAAGUGAACAAACGAUUAGAUCUGGCUAUUGAGAUGAAGAAAAACACUGCAAAAUUAGAGGAGAUACACAGUAAGCAAGCUGCAAUGGUCGAAUCCCAAGUUCUGCAAUUACUUCAGAAGUACAAAGCUCGCAAUGAUGAAGAGUCUGACGAGGAUCUCAAAGCCGAUUUUGAAAGAAUGUGGAGAAGAGAGAUUGCAAACUUCACUGGCCUAAAAGAACGGGAUGUUCCCGCUGAUGUUUUGAAGCAAUUGCGAGCAAGCCUAGGAAAUCGCCAAGUCAAUGAGGAUUUGCAGAAUGUUACAAAUUUGACACAUUAUGGGCAAGACGUUUUCAAAGUCAGGUCAAAACAUAUAAAUAUGGGAAAAGGUUUGCAGGCUUUAACGGAUUUAUUUACAAAAAAGUCUACAAAGCAUGCUCUACAGAUUAUUGCAGAUAAUGCCAUUAAAAGUUGUAGUAGGAUGAUUGAGCAGUGUUCACAUUCCAAAAGUGAUUACCAAGAUACCUUUACAAAAGAUGUCCUUGAUGAAAUUGAUGCAAACCUCAAAAAAGGAAAUAAAUACAAUAUUACAUUUGAAAUUGAGCUUAAAUUGCACAUUUGUGGCAUUGCCUCUCGGACAUUCCUUGAGAUGCACAGGAAGUAUCUCUCUGAGCAAGAUCCUGUCAAGCAUUUACAGAAACUUAAGAAUCAAUAUCUCUCUAAUUUUAUUGAUUUGUACAGAGAGAGGGAUCAGUGCCAAAAGAAAGUACAAAACUUUACUCAGCUCUGUCUCAAACCAGCAGUGACUGAGUACAUCGACCAGUCCAUCGGACCUGACAUUGUUGAUGCAGUUUUGGAGAAUAAAUCUACCGCGUACAGUACAUGAUCUCUAUUUCAGUACACCAUUCAGAAGGAACUGCUGGAAAAAUCAAAUUUCAGUGAAUUUACAGAGUACAUUUUACAUUAUAAGAAUUAUGUGAAAGACUGGAUAUACAAUCACAUUGUUAGAUGCUUUUCCAUAGACUUAUCUCUGCAAAAAUUAAAAAUGAAGAAGCUGGAAAUCAUAAUAAAAAAGAUCACUGAAGCAGUGGAAACUUGUAAGCUUGAAGCCAGUGGCUCUCAUUUGCCUAAUGAUGCAGAAUGUAAAACAAAAUUGAUUCGAAAGCUUUGCAAAACUAUGAGGGAUGUCAUUUCAAUACCCAUGAGCACAGUGGACAGUGUCCUGUUUCAGAACACAAGCUGUUGUGAUCCAUUCACCAAAAGUCUCUGUGAAUGUAUCGAUGACCUGAAACAGCAAAUAUCAAAGGAGAUCUCAGAGUCAACUGAUAUCAAAGAGACACUGAAAAAUGUGUCAAUAAAACCCCAGGAUGAGCUUUUCAAGAGGGUGUUUGGAUGUGGAGUGCAGUGUCCAUUUUGCAAAACACCAUGUGAGGCAGGAGGAAAGGAACAUCAGCUACACCAUGCAGCUGUGCACAGACCACAAGGCAUUGGCACAUACAGAUAUAGUAUGACUAAUAUCCUUUGUGAAGAGAUCUGUACAUCUAGUGUUCAUGGCAAUGGAACAUUUCGAAAUCAGGACACAAAUUUACAACCUCAUCCCUACAAAGAAUACCAGAAAUAUUACCCAGACUGGCAUAUUGCACCUGACAUGUCAAUAGAAGCCUCUGAUUACUGGAAAUAUGUGCUGGUGACAUUCAAUAAGGAUUUUGCUGAAAGUUAUAAAGCAUUGCCAGCUGUUUAUCCAGAUGUGUGGAAUCAAAUCACUAAAGAUCAAGCUUGUAAUAGUCUGAAGCUCAUGUUUAAUAUUAAAUAAUGGUAAACUGGCAAAAUUUCACUGCAAACAUUGAAAUUUGUGAAGAAGACAAACUCCAUCACUCAAAGUUCUAUCACUUAUGUUAUUGCUCAGGUGAAGCAGAAACUGGAGAAAUAGUUAUGCCUGAAUCAAUGUUAUUGGGAUUAUGAUAUUGGGGAUUUAAAUGGUUUCUAAUAAACACUAUAUCUGUAUGCCUUAUGAUUUUUUAAUGGUUUUAGAUGGUUGGAUUAUUUAGAUGGUUGGAUUAUUUCUUUGA